AUGGGGAGCGCCAGCGGCGGCAGAGGCUCCGCCCAUACGGCCAGCCCGGCCAAUGAACGCGCGGAGGCGGGACUUCCGCCGAGCCGCGGCGGGCGGGGGAGCGCACUGUUGUGCGCCGCCGCCCCGGGUUACGGCCAGAGCUGCUGCCUCAUCGCGGACGGCGAGCGCUGUGUCCGGCCGGCGGGCAACGCCUCCUUCAGCAAGAGGGUGCAGAAGAGCAUCUCGCAGAAGAAACUCAAGCUGGACAUCGACAAGAGCGUAAGGCACCUGUACAUAUGUGACUUCCACAAAAAUUUCAUCCAGAGCGUCCGAAAUAAACGGAAGAGGAAGACAAGUGAUGAUGGUGGAGAUUCCCCCGAGCAUGAUGCCGACAUUCCUGAGGUAAAGGCCGGAGUGUCAGGGAGAGCCAGGGGAGAGAGAACAGUAGGUUCUGGUCCUGGCGUCUCUGGCCUACUGCGCUCGUCCUUCCUCACCAGCAUCGACCGCAGCCUCGCUGCUCACCGGGUGCCAGGUCGUAACAAGAACGGUCAGGAGGAAACUGUGAGCCGGCACUUCAGGAACAUCCCGGUGAAUGAGAAGGAGACCCUCGCCUACUUCAUCUACAUGGUGAAGGGCAACAGGGGCAGGCUAGACCAGAAACCGGAGGGCAGCAAGCAGCCAGAGUGAUGCGGAGCAGGGCAGAAGCCAUCCGAAAAGACUGCUGUGCAAUGCUCGACACAGGUGAUCCCUGCCACACCCAAGCCCAGAGAGACUGUUCGCUUCUAUUGUAAAUAAAGUUCUAGUGAUGGAUUCUGUAAAUCUUUCUGUCAGGAAGAUUAUGUUCUCACAAUUCAGUAUGUAUAUAGAAAGUUUUAAGAUAACUGCUUGGACUGAGAACACAGUAUCAUAAAAGGAAUUAAAAACCGUGUCUUCUCUGUGAGUUCAA